AAUGACAGAAAAGGUGGAGCGCUACUACGGCGAUAAUUUUCAACUAUAAUCGAUUGUUAUUCUAUAGUUUUUCUAUGGGGCGUUUCAAAAUUACUUCGACUAUUUGUUUUUUAGGUUACUAUAUUGUAUUAUGGGAAUAUUUCAAAUAAAAUCGUCUGUAUACAAUAUAUUACUAAAAAAUGUUAUUAUCUACGGAGUUAAAAAAUAGUUCUACAUUAGAUAUGUAACGGUUUACAUCCGAAAAUUUAUAUUUUAUUAUUAUUUCCUGAAAUUGAUAUAGCAAAGAUGACUGUUUCUAUGUUAAAGAACCCGGAAAUGCAUUUUGGUGCAAUUACCUUCUUUGCAAAGCAGCAUAAAGAUGAUAUGUGCGGAAGUAAUGGCUUACCUUUAACACCAAAUUCUAUUAUAAUAUAUGGAAGAGCCCAGUUAUUGAAAUCGAUAAAAAGUCCUCAUUUAUGUCAAUAUUUGGAUAUAAUAAGAGGCAAACAUGAAAGAACUGUUAUUGUUUCACAGUUUUGUGGAACACCUUUAACUAAUUACUUGGAAAAAAAGAAGUUUACAUUAAGUGAAGUAAAAUCCAUAGCAUAUCAAAUUUUAAAAGGUCUCAAUGAACUUCACAAGAGAAAUAUAGUACAUAGAAAUUUGAGUAAUGAAAAUAUUUUACUUCUGGGCAAUGAUAUAAAAUUAUUUAAUUUUGGUCUCUAUUAUUUAACAGAUAACGGAAAAUUAGUUUCAUUUCCUGUGAUACAUUUGCUAUAUGCUGCACCCGAAAUAUACUUGGAUGGCGUACAAAAUAGUUUACCAAAUCCAAAAGUAGAUAUUUGGGCGUUGGGAAUAAUUUUAGUUGAGUUAGUAUUAAAUAAAUCACUAUGGAGUUCGUUGAAAGUGGGUCAGAAGAUAAGAAAAAUUCUGAGUCUCCUGCAAUCUAAUGGAUCAGUUUUUGAAAGAAUAGCUAGAGAACAUAAUUGUCACGAUGAUUAUUUAGAAGUAUCUGAAGAUAUAAGAGAUUUGAUAGAAUCUUGCUUACAAAUAGAUCCUUCAAUAAGACUUUCUUGUGAAGAUCUUCUUCAGAAGAAUAUAUUUAGUGAAUUUCGCUUAAAGAAUGGAUAUUUAAAGAAUGAUAAAUACAAAGGUUUUGAUAUUUUCACCAUUAACGAACUGUACCAUUGGUGGCAGUUAGCUGGAGGGGAUGUCUUUCAGGAAUUAAAAAAACAAGGUCUUGUGCGUUCAAGUCCACCUAUUCUUUCAUUACCACACUUGUUGUUGAUAGAAGGUAAUAUAUUGGGUCAAGAGAGAAAUCCUGCUACUUUAUACGACCCCAGAGUAGUGGAAAUGCCACUAGAUACAUUAUAUCAAAGAUUUGAGAACAUACCUCUUUCAGCAUUUUAUCCUUUAAUACAGACGAAAUCAGAUAUAAUUUCUCAAUUAGAACCACCUCCUUAUGAUGCCACAGGAUUACCCCUUAUUAUUAAAGAGCGAGAUCCUGAAUAUCAAUUUCAUAGGAUAAUACUGUUCAGAAGAUUAUUACAUGGUUAUCCUUUUACCAAAGAGCUAAUCAUUAAGGAAGCGGAAAAAGAUAUACCACCUUUAUUGAGAGGUGAAAUUUGGGCGGCCGUACUGGGUAUAAAAAGUGACUAUCAAUUCAAAUAUAUGAAACUUGAUAAAUAUUCCUCUACCCCUACAGAUAGGCAGAUAGAAGUGGACAUUCCCAGAUGCCACCAAUAUAAUGAAUUAUUGUCUUCUACUGAAGGUCACAGAAAAUUAAAAAGAAUAUUGAAAGCGUGGGUAUUUGAAAAUUCCCAGUAUGUUUAUUGGCAAGGUUUGGAUUCGUUAACAGCACCAUUCCUUUAUUUGAAUUUUAAUGACGAAGCAAAAGCUUUUUCUUGCUUAUCAUCAUUUGUACCUAAAUUCCUGCACAAAUUCUUCUUGAAGGAUAAUUCUGCAGUAAUUGAAGAAUAUCUAGCUAAAUUUUCCCAACUGAUUGCUUUCCAUGAUCCGGUAUUGGCAAAUCACUUGUAUGAUAUAAAUUUUUAUCCGCAACUAUUUGCCAUUCCGUGGUUUUUAACAUUGUUUUCACAUGUGUUCCCACUUUAUAAAAUUCUUCAUUUGUGGGAUAAGGUACUAUUAGGCGACUCCUCUUACUCACUACAUAUCGGUCUGUCUGUAUUGACACAACUCAGAGAUAGAUUACUAACGUCGGGUUUUAACGAAUGUAUAUUAUUGUUUUCCGAUUUACCGGAGGUCGAUAUAGAAAAAUGUGUUACUUUGUCAAUGACCACUUUUAAAACUACCCCGAAAAGUAUCACUGAAAGGGAACACGACAACGGAGCCUUCAGAACAAAAGAUUGCUACGAUAUUUCCGGAGUAACAUUACAGGAUCUGAAAAAAGAAAGAUAUCCAAGAAUUAGUGCUAGAGAUGUAAUUGACCUAGUACGAAAUCGUCCUAACGAUAUAUUAAUUAUAGAUAUACGAAAUAUGAUACAAUUCAAUCGAUGUAGUGUUAUAAAUAGUAUCAAUAUACCGUUUUCUAGUAUUUCAUUCACUGAUAAUAAAUUAGAAAAUAUCGGACAUCACAGUAAGCAUUUUGAAAAUGCCUCAGAUAAAGUUGUAGUUGUAAUUGGAGAUGAAGAAACAGAUUUAGAGUUGUUCCCCAACUUUUUACUACGUUGUAAUGUAAAAAAAGUUUGUAUUUUACAUGGUGGUUUUAACGUGCUGCUUCCAGUUUGUCCAACUAUUUUGAUGUCUCAAAACAACACAAUUUGAUAAACACUUUUAACCACUGAAAUGUAUUUUCAUAUAUUAUAAGUUUUAAGUCUUACGUCCAAAUUUUAUAUAGAACAUUUAUAUAUUUAUGAAUAAAUUUGAAUAUUAUUGUGA